GUCGAAUCCCCCUCCCCACCAUUUGAUGGCCUGACGAGAGGUUUAUAUAUAUGGGAACCCAUUGCUCUCAGAUCACUGCUUUUUUCCCCACGUAAAAGCUCAAGCUCUCUCUCUCUCUCUCUCUCUCUGUGUUACUACUUCUUUGCCGUUUCUUGAUUUCGAAUACCUUCUCUGUCCAAGCCUUUCCAAGAAUAUUCAUCCCGAGGUACCCGGACCAAGCAAAAGAAGAUUCAGUUUUUGCCUCCUAAAAACUUUGCCCACUUCCCCGAAACGCUCGAAAUGCUGUAGUUCAAGAGUAGAAGGAAGAAAUAUUUAGUCUUUUGACACUGACCCCCCUUCCUCUGCUCUUUCCCCUGCUCUUUCCCCUGCUUCUUCGCAAGCGACCGCGGGCGUUGUCCACUUGCGGGAUGAUCGAAUUUAAAGCGAGCAAGCAAUUGAAUUUCGCUCUUACGAAGCUCUCCUUCUGGUUCGCCCCCGCCACUCGCCCUCCCGGUCACCUUCUAUUCCUUUCCUGAAAGGCACGGGGCUAGCAGAGCAGAGUGAAACAGAGAGGACAAGAAGAAGAAGAAGAAGAAGAAAAGUAAAGGAUCGAAGAUUUACAUGGCUCUGUACGCUCCCAACUCGAGUUUUCCAAUUGGGUCCGAUUUUUUCAACAUGUUCGAUACGUUCCAGCGCGAUUUUGGUGGGAUCAAUGGGGUCCCGCGAGGCGGGUCUCUGGUGUUGGACAGUGACAAGAGUGAGCUCGUGAAGGCUCCGGUUGGCGUGAUCAAGAAGGGGGUUACGCAGGAAAAGCUCAUGGCGGCCAUGAAGAGUCAUAGCGAGGCUGAGAGGAGGAGGAGAGAGAGGAUCAACUCUCAUCUCAACACUCUCCGUGGACUCGUCCCCUGCACCGAUAAGAUGGACAAAGCUACGCUACUCGCUGAGGUCGUGAGCCAAGUGAAAGAACUGAAGAAGAAGGCCAUCGAAGCGAGUAAAGGCCUCCUUGUGCCGAUGGAUGCUGAUGAGAUAACGGUCGAACCGUGUGGCGACGGAGCAAGAGACGACGAGUUUUCCUUCAGGGCAUCCAUCUGUUGCGAAUACCGACCUGAGCUGCUGUCCGAGAUGCGGCGAGCUCUCGAGGUUCUUCCCCUGAAGAUAGUGAAGACCGAGAUCUCGACACUUGAAGGCCGGGUGAAGAACGCGUUUGUCUUCAGUAGCUCUGCAGAAGAGCGCAAAAAUUUCGAUUCCGAGGCACGCCAAAGUUUAAUGAGCUCCGUUCACCAGGCUCUUAAUUCUCUUCGCGACAAAAGUCCCGACUUGCCCGAGUACUCCCCGAGGACGACAAUCACGAGCAAGAGGCGUCGACUCACGUCCUUUGAUUCGUCGAGUUCUUCGUCCCGAGAGACGAGGUCUUAUUGUUAGACACUGUAAAUAAGUUCUUUUCUUUUCAUCCUAAAGUGAUAAUUGUAAAUCAAUGAGAUGGAUAGGAAACCGGUCAAAGACUCGUGCCUGCGGUGGUCGGCCGGCUGACGUUGCAGCUUGCUACCGGCAAUUUAAUCUCUGCGGUGGCAACAGUUGUAGUGCUGUACUCUUAGAUGUGCAAUAUUCUUAAGACAUGGACAUGUCUUUUAUUUUGGACUGUUCGUGGUUAUGGUGCUAUACAGUGUUGUAAUUUUUCAGCUAAA